AUGGAUGACCACGGGCGACGGAGGAGGCCGAACGAACCGCCCAUCAACGCCCCUUCCAAUAAUCCAAGAUAUCCAGUUCACGAUCCUAAUGCGCAGGGUAGGUCGUACGGCGCAAGCGGGUCUGACAGGUAUCGGCCCGCGCCUCUAAAUACAUCGCCCACGGCAACUCGAGGUAUAGGAGGUGCGGCUACCUACAGUGGAUAUUACCAAGAGCCGGCAGCAGCGUUCUCCACUGCCAUGCAGCCAAAUACAAUGACAUACCAACCUGAAUAUGGGCAAGACACUCGACAGACGCAGAGUUUCAGUACAUAUAAUACGCCUAUGAUGUACAACGUGCCGCAAGCGAGCGCGCAAAGUGCCGUUUAUGAUACGAGUCAGCAGUUCCCGUCACGGCAGCCUGCAGCCCUGCAAAUGAUACAAACGGAUGUAGCCACCCCCUAUUUCCCGAGCGAACCGACCAACGCGGCUGCAGCGUCUAAUCUGCAAUCACACGCGAGCACCUCGAGCACGUCAGCAGUAUAUCAACAGAGUCCGGCUAGCCAGCGUACAAUGCUCCAAAAUUAUCCCAGUGGAAUGACAUCGAUGAGCGGCAUGGCACAGACAAGCACAUCAGACCAGGCCAUGGAGGAACCUGAUUAUUCGCAAACGACCGAGAUGACUGAAGCUUACGAGCACUACCAGGCUGCUCUGAGGGAGGUCUUCACUAACAUUCGAAGCGGUGUACUGCAAGCUGCAAGCGAGUCGCUCUUGAACAUCUCCGAAUGGUUACUCUCGAAAGUUGUGGAACUAGGUCUCGCAGCGGACGACGAGAAUCUUUACAGGGACCGUAUCAAGAUGUGGCAAGACUUCAAUCACGCAUGGCUCUCGUUAUUCCAGAAGCAGAAAGAUUUGAUGGGAACUGGCCUACAGUUGCAACGAGGACAGACUCUAAUCAGCGAGGACGGGUUAAGGAAAAUGGGAAAAGAGAUCGUGAGGCUUUGCGAUGGGAUUGAUCGACACGGCCUCGUUGAUUACGAGUACGGCGUAUGGGAGGAAAAUAUCGUUGCUAUCAUCGAAGAAUGUCUCGACCUCUAUGAAAAUGAAGAAGAGGCCGAACCUGGCAGUUCUUCCGUCGCGAAUCCCGCGGGGCCAAGUCACCACGGUCAUCAUACCUCUCGAUAG